GUAAGAGGGGCUGAGAAGCAUUGCGAGCGGAGAAAGAGGAAGCGAGCAGCCCCAUUCUGGCCCCGGCUCCCCUUCAUUCGGGAUUGCGAUCGCCAACCGGUUGUGAACAGGAGCUGGAGCUGCCCAGAAUGCUGCCAGACCUGCUGAAUUUUUCCAGAUUUGAGUAGCCAUGGCAGUCGGGGUCGUAGCUAUGUGCCUACUCAUGGCUGCCACUGUGAUCGAUCGCCCAUUCACCUUCAGGCAGGCCAGCUGGAGUGUAGAGCAGGACCUUGAGCAGGAGAGGCUGAGCCGGAUGAAGGAGCGGGAGGAACAGCUACAAGCCGAGAUGCAGAGGCUGGAGAAGGAGCUUGUGGAGUCAGUUCCUGGGGGAUUGGGAUCAGGGUCUGGCGGGGAGAUGGAGGAGGAGCACAGCUGGAACCUGUGGAGUGCUCUAUCUGUCAUAGCCUUCCUGCUGCUGGAGAUCUGGAGACAGGACGCUGACCCCCGGUCCCUGCAGGAGCUGAGCGAUGAGGAUGAAGACUCAGAUGCCAUUGGAGAUUUGUCACGGUCUGUAGCUCUCCCAGACCACCAGACACUGGUCCACUUUUAUGACAAGUGUAUCCGGGUGCCGGGUAAUGAGCUGUCCAGGAUCAAGGAGCUGGUCGAGGGGUGUGCUGACGAUUUACUGGAGGCCCUAAGAAGUGUAUGUAACCGGGACCUGGACAUGGAGGUGGAGGAAUGCAUUGGAAUCGGGAGUCUGUAUGAGAAUUGGAGGGUGAAGAAGCCUUUGGUGUGUGACCUGAUUGUGCCCUUCACUCCCCCCGAGCCUUACUGUUUCCGAGCUGAUGUGCUGUGUUUGGGGACAGGGUUAGGGGUGUGUUCCGGGGGAAAGGUCACAGGUGAGCUCAGCUUCGGGAGGAUCCGUGUGAUCAGCCCAGGAGAGGACGCCUCUGCUUGUCUUUGUGGCCGGACUCACCUGGGCGAGGACAUGUUGUGUCUGGUACAUGGUGAGCAGAUCAUGCAGAGCAAACCAGACAGCUCAGGGCAGAAAGACGAGUUGCUGUGGUCUGCAACUGCUCCCUAUUUGGCCAAGGGUCAGGUCAUCCAAUGGUUCCAGAAGGCCCUGACCAAAGCUUGGGCCAAGAUCUCCCACAAGUAUGACUUUGACCUCUCCUUUCAGGAUCUGGAGAGACCUGGAGCCCUGAGGAUAAGAUUUCGCUCUGGGAAGACUGUACAUUUCAACAUUGCCCCAGUGGUGGAGUUUGAAAACUCUGAUGUUUACUUCAUGCCCCUUCUUGCUAGUGACACUCAACCUGGUACCGUCCAAUCAAACAACAUAUCCUGGCCCUUUACAUUUGCUGUCUAUGAGAAGCGGUUUCUAAAGUUGAUGGCCAAGAAGCUUCCAGAAAGCUCCUGCCACCUGAUGUGCCUACAAAUGGUCUCCUUCCUACAUGAGAAGCAGUGUAACCUGACAGGAGCCAGCGGCCUCACCCACUAUCACCUGAAGACAGCUUUGCUGCACCUGCUUUCGAGCCAGCCCCUGGGCACCUGGCACCAUUCCUGCCUGCAGAACCGCCUCAGGGAUUUGCUCCGCUUCCUGGAGAAGGCCCUGCUCGAGAAACGUCUCAACCACUUCAUUGUCGGCAACGCCUCCACCCUCCCCAGCUUUAACAUCCCGGACAUCUUCCGCUCAGCCGAGCCACUCAACCUCUUCCGCGGGUUCGUCACGCGCCGAGCCUUGUACCAGCGGGCACGAAGAACCAUGGCGGAGAUGCUGAGGAACGCAGCCGUCCUCAUUCGGGAAUACAGCCUGGAAAGCCCCAGCCAAGACGGGAUCAGAGCGAGACACAAGGCAGCAGCUACAGAACCAAGCUAGCCCCUGGCAGUCUGGCACAGUUCCCUGCCUGCAGCACCGCCUCAGGGAUUUGCUCCGGUUCCUGGAGAAGACUCCAGCCUGCGAGAUAAGGAUGUAGAUCACUCUUCACCACGAUAUAAAGAGCAGCUUCAGGCCAGACUGAGGGGACUGUAGGGGUUGCGCUGGGUAAACAAGUGGAGGGACUCGGAGUGACUGAUAGUCCAUUAUAAAACGGUGGCCCUUUACCUCAGUGAGGCUCAUGUUAGAAUGCAGGCUGCUCCUGAGAGAGAGAGAGAGACUGAGGGAUUCUCUAUUCAGGAGAAGAGCUCUGGGUGUGCUGACUGUGAACUCCCGGGGCCAGUUUACUGCACUGGCAGUACGUCAGUAUUGCUGGCACUCUCUUACUCACAGAGCUGGCAAUAACACUCACCGGGGCAGUUCAGACUUUGCUGCCAGCAGCAAGUGUUGGAUUUUUUAAAAACAGAAUCUAUUUUGUAUUAAAUGUAUAUUUGUUACUGAAUACGAAUAAACGUCACUGUGGAGUAGCUUCAAUUUA